AUGGAGAGCUGGCAGGGUACCCUCGUUCAGAGAGUGACCAAGACUGUCAGGUCUUUACAGAAAGCAGGCCUCGAGAAAGAUGACGGCGCGGUUGUAGUACUUGCUUCCCGGCCAUAUGCGUCAUGGCUGCUAGAUGAAAAGUUUAUGGCCGCACUGCUGCGACCCUUUGGGGAUUCGAAAUCAUCCGGCGAUGUGGGUCGCGAGUUCAACGCUCUUACCGGUGUAGUCGAUGGCCUUCACCCCCUUCGUGCAUUCGGUGACAUCCCACACGGAUUCUCAUUCUACUACGGGCCAAAGGAUAUGAUCAUGCCGAGGCUGUGGCAGGGGAUGAGCCCUAACAUGCAGUCUGCUCCUCGUAGCAACGACAAGCUGAACGCUGCCAUUACGUUUUCCUACGGGUCGAAGCCUGGCAGUUACGUAUGCACACUUCCCUUGGCAAACACGAUCUUUCAGAAUGGCCUCCAGUCGACUCUCAUCGCUAGCCGCUGGAAAGUCAACUUGAAGGGGGGUUUGGAUCUGGUCGAGCGCGAAGAGCGACGGGCUCAGGAAGUCAACAUCUACACCAGAGGGAGCGAUCACACCAACUCGAUCCAGGCACCCCUGGUCCCCAUCACGGCUCCGCGGAAGAUCGUAUCGGGCCUGGGCAACAUCAUCAGGCAGGUCGACGUAGAUGGUAAAGAGACGCCUGCUUCUGCGGAGCUCGAGACGGCUGUCCAAGCGCUCUUCGAUAGGCGGACGGCAGAGGGCCAUGAGUUCCCUCCGGGCCCCGUAGGUGUAUGGGGAGUUGUUUGUCCCCCUGGCGAUGACCAGGCGGGAACCAUUGAGUUCUUGAACCGGUUGUCCGAGACAUCGUCAAAGGUACGGAACGCUGGAGACGAGUGGUCCAUGGUCCUGAAUACGAAGGAAUAUAUGAAAUGGCUCAUCAACAGGGGUGCCAGGGUCUACAAGAUUCAGAGCGGUGGCGGCGGCUGGGGGAAGAAGGCAGGCCUCCUUUCGCUCGAUCCCGAAGUCAAGUAUUCCGCUUCCUCUGAGGAAGAGGAUCUUGACAGCUUCAUCCGUUCCUUUGAGAACCGGAACGACGGUGGUGGCGGCGACGCCGAACAAGGCGUUAUCGCUCCGGGCUCGUACAUUCAAUACUUUGUCGCUCCGCCCUUCACCGCCGCCAAAGCGAAUACAGCUGCGGAAGGCGAAUCUCAGUUCACCGACUCCUUUGGAGUGACGGACGACGCGCGGUUAGAGGCAUCGCCAGUUCCCGCUUCGCGAGACUGGAAACAAAUCCGCCACCAGUUUGGUGCGGUGACAACCCACGGGCUCUUCCUCGAGUGCAGGUCGCUGCAUCCUCUCGUCCAUUCCGCUUCCUCGAUCAUGGCCGCAACCAACGUGACGCCCUCAAAGAUUGGAGUCAUCUCCAUCGGCGACAUGGGCGUCGGCAUCGCCAAGCUCCUCAUCGCCAAAGGCUUCCAAGUCGCAACGAACUGCAAAGGCCGCAGCGAGGACACCCUCCGACGAGCCCGCGACGCAAAAGUAGAGCUCCUAGACACAGACGAAGCCCUAGCAUCCCAGUGCGCCGUAAUCCUCUCCGUCGUGCCCCCGCGCGACGCAGAAGCCACCGCGGAGCGCAUCAUCGACGCCCUCGCCGGCACUGCAUCGUCGCGCGAGACACCCCUCUACUUCAUCGACAUGAACGCCGUCGCCCCCUCCACCUGCAAAUCCAUCGCCGCCUCCUUCGCCCGCGCCCGCGCCCCCGCACGCUUCGUCGACGCCUGCAUCAUCGGCGCCCCGCCCAGGCCCAAAUCCGCCCCCAACGCCGGCACGAACGUCUCUGCCUCGGCCCCGCCGCCCGGUACCGGCGACGACGACAACGACCCGGAUGCGUGGUACGUCCCGGGCAUGCCCAUGUCCGGCCCCGACAAGCUGUCCGACCUCUCCCUCCCAGGUUCCUCCCCAGGCGACGCAAAUGCAUCCUUCGGCGCCCGCCUAAGCGCAGCCCUAGGCGGCAACCACAUCUCCGACUCCAUCGGCGCCGCCUCGGGCCUGAAAAUGUGCUUCGCCUCCCUCUCAAAGGGCUUCACCGCCAUCGCCACCCAGGCCUUCACCUCGGCCCACAGGAUGGGCGUGCUCCCCCACCUGCGCGACGAGCUCGCCGCCCGCCUCCCCUCGCACCUGCAGUCCGCGGAAAAGGGCGUCGUGACGAUGCCGCCCAAAGCGUACCGCUGGGUCCGCGAGAUGGAGGAGAUCGCCAAGACGCACGCCGAGGAGGGCGGGUUCGGGCCCGAGUUGUUUGUCGGCGCGGCGGGCGUGUAUAAGUCCGUGGCGGAGGAUUCGCCGCUGGGCGGGGAGAAGAUUGGCAAGAGGAAGAGGGGCACGACGGUGGAGGACGUUGCUGCUGCUUUGACGGAGGGGUUUGAGAGAAAGAAGAAGAAGACGGACUGA